AUGGCACUGGAGGCAUUCUCUGUGGCUUGCAAUGCCAUCAUUGAAGCUGAACAGCUUUCGCAACUUGUCAGUCAGCAAGAGUUCAUCGAAUGCCUCCGAAAACUUUGGAAAAAGCUACCAAAGACGACCAAAGACAAAAUCAACAAAAGCCACCCACGCCCACGCCAUCGCAAAAUUACCCAGAGCAAGAUUGUCAUUCCAGCAGAGGACCAGGCCAACAUUGCCAAAUGGUUACAGAACCGCAACCAGUUCUUUGACGACGACGACGACGACGACGACGACGACGACAGAGAAAUUGCACGCCACUGCCAGAUCUCCAGAGCUUAUAGAGCAGUCGUUCAGGCAGAAUUGCGCCAUUCCAAGGACAAUUUACGCCUGCGAUUUUUCAAAGUCUUAUUCUUUCACCUCAAAGUGAGGUCUGGAGUUCAAAAUUUCCGCGACAAUACUGUCGAUGGGAUCGCGAGGGUUAUAGGUUCAGCCAUCAAUAUCGACAUUGACCAAAUCGCACGAAACAUCACGUCAUGGGCGAAAAUCGGUAAGAAAUAUGACGGACUCUGUCAGGACCUGGCAAAACAAUCUCCUAGCGAACCUUCUGGGAGCGAGGACCAAUCUACCUUCGAGGGCUCAGAUGCAGGCGAUUAUAAGGACUACAUGUACCUCGGGCCUUUAUUUUAUUUGCCUUCCGAUGUUACAGAGAGAUGGUUGAAGGAUUUAACACAGCGCGGACAACUUAGAGACCGCAAGAUUAAAAUGUUUAUUGACCGGGGGAUCUUUGAGGUUGACAAUAAAGGGGCUAUAGACACCUUGGUAGGCCGCCUGUUCUGUGGUGUCUGGGUGGAAAUGGAAAAGGUCAUGAAACGCCACUGUCUUCUCACGAUUGAGAAGAACCAUUCUCUUCACACUAUUUACGAGUGGCGCACACAAAAGCCAAUGCCAGCAUUUCAAGUACGAGGGGCCUGUGUGCGAGACAUCGUCUCGCCAUCGAGUGCUAGUGCUAUGUCCACUGACGAAGAGUCGGACAUAUCCGAACCCAGCCAAUGUGUCCUUUCCGAUACCUUGGUUACUGCCCAGCCUCGCGCUUCGUCUCUGAUUAUAGGGCAAUCUCCUGAACAACAAGCAAGCCCAUACGAAGACCUGGUCUUGCCAUCGACGAGUACUGGUCCUAUCGAUGGGGGGUCUAUCGUGUCCGACACCGGCACACGUGCCCUUUCCGGCACAUUGGUUGUUUCCUCAGCCCACAGUUCCUCUCCCACCACAGGGGGAUCUCCUGAACAACAAGCAAGCUCGUACGAAGACUUGCCAUCGAGUACUAGUCCUAUCGAUGAAGGAUCUAUCGAUGAAGGAUCUAUCGUUUCCGACACCGGCACACGUGCCCUUUCUGGCACAUUGUCUGUUUCCCCAGCCCACAGUUCCCCUCCAGGCUUUGUUUAUCAAGAUGCUCCACAAGUUACUACCUGGGAUUUUGACGCAUCCCUGGAAGCUGCCUAUCCUCCAUAUAACUCCUCAGAUAUAGCUUGCUCCAGUGGGCAUCUCCCGCACGACCCAGACUUUAGCGCAGACCGGAGCAUGUUCAAUCUGGAACAAUAUGGCUGGGACGGCUUCCAUCACUUUGACGUUGAUCAGUACGGACAACCCGGGUAUCACUAUUUCGACCCAACGUUGUUCGGGGUUGAAUCGAUCCCUGUCGAGAACACAAUGCGAGGUAUAUCUCAUCCAGAUCAUUAUAGCUGGGGCGGCUUCCAUCACUUUGAUAUCGAUGAGUACGGACAACCCGGGUAUCACUAUUUUGACCCAGCAUUAUUUGGACUCGCGGCUAUGCAAAAUGAACAGCCUGCUGUCGCCGGGAUCGCAAUAACCAUGUCCCUCAAGUCGGCGGGUCUACCCGGACUUUCAAUACUCUGGGCCAUCACCCAUACAUUUGUGCACACGACGGUCUCCUUCAGCGAUGUCCUUUAA